CUUUUCUCUAUACCAUGUUGAGAGUUCUUACCUGUCUCUCAUAUGGAUUCCUUUGGGUGUUAGUGACUGAGCGUGAGUGCGCGUAUACUGGUGUCUGUGUGACUGCACACUUGUUUGUGGGAGGGGUGUUUUGUAUACAUACAAUAUGUGUGCCUUGAAGUGCAGAAACUGAGUGGCCGGAAAACACAUGCUAGUAUAUCAGCUGAUACAUUUCCUGCUUGCCUGUUUGUCCGGAAUUUAGAUUUCCAUUGCUCUCUGGCACAGUGAAGACAAACGAAGUGGGUCUGUUCAUAUGACAAAGUGUUAAAGUUCGGGACACGUUAUAUGACAGAGGGUUAAAGUUCAGGACACGUUAUAUGACAGAGGGUUAAAGUUCAGGACAUGUUAUAUGACAGAGGGCUAAAGUUCAGGAUGUAAACAUUGUUGUCAGUGUAUGGUGACGCCAUGGUGGAUUUAUACAAUAUGAGCUCUGAGAGCCACUUUAUAUAUUUAUGAUAGAGCAUUUGAGAAACACCAUUCUUUGUGGAAAAUAGCUUUAUACUAUUCACAGUUGGUUUCCAUAGAAUGUGCCAUGCAAAAAAAUACAUUAGGAGAAGCCACUUAUAGAUUAGAGCACAGGUGGCCAACCAUUCUGGAGAGCUUGGUUAUGUAGGCUUUUGCUCUAGCCUUGAUUCAGCUAAUCAAUGUCCUGCUGAGCAGCUGAUGAGUAGAAUAAUUUAUGAUAGAUUGGGAUUAGAUUGAGGGGAAGUGAGAAUAACAUGGAGAAAGACAAAGAUGGACAGAGAAAACAGAGUGUGACAGAGAUAGAGACAGAAACCUGAAGAUGAUUCCCCUGCUCUUACAAUGACCCAGUGACACAAAAAACAGUGAUAUGAUAUCCGAGUCAAAUUUUUCAACUGUGGAUAAGUAACAUACAAUGAAUAGAAGCUAUGAGGUCAGGCCUUAGUUUCCUGCAUAGAAUAGUUUUGCAAUGGUUGUUACCUAAAUGUAACUUUAAUUGAAUUCAUUUUUUUUUUUACCUUUAUUUAACUAGACAAGUAAGUUAAGAACAAAUUCUUAUUUUCAAAGACUCGCCUAGGAACAGUGGGUUAACUGCCUGUUCAGGUGUAGAAUGACAGAUGUGUACCUUGUCAUCUCGAACUUGCAACCUUUUGGGUACUAGUCCAACAUUCUAACCACUAGGCUACCCUGCCGCCCCAAAUGGAUUCAUGUAAACAUUACAGUUUUGAAAACAAAGUUUCUCCAAAAAAAGCUGUCUCCUGGCACAAUUUACCACAGGUAUGGGGUAAGUUGAGUUGUGUGUAACGAUCUCCUUCAUCUGAGGAACAGGAAAGAUCGGACCAAAACGCAGCGUGAAACACCGGUGGCUCAACUUACCCCUUUGGCUCAACUUACCGCACUCUCCUCUACCCAUUGUUUCAAAUAACACCGCUGACCCUCACUAGCUUGCGAAAACUGUAAAGAUGGAGCCAGUCUCUCUCCCACCGCAGUCCCGUGUCGCCCUCUGCGGCGGCACCCAUGGCAACGAGAUGUCGGGCGUGUAUCUGGUGAGGGAGCUGCAGAAGUUGGAGAAGGUAGGGUCGGCGACCUUGACCACAGUCAUAUCCAACCCGCAUGCCGUCCAAAUGUGCAAACGCUACACCGACAUGGACCUCAACCGUUGUUUCACCGACGCCAUACUCAGUUCACCUGUGACAGACGCCACUCCGUACGAGGUGAGGCGAGCCCAGGAGCUGAACACUCUACUGGGGCCCAAGGGCAGCGCGGGGGCCAUGGACCUGGUGUGUGAUCUCCACAACACCACAGCCAACAUGGGCCUCAGUCUCAUCUCCUACUCUGCCCAAGACUGGGUCAUCCUGCACAUCUAUAGACACAUCCAGAGGAAGAUCACCUCAGCGCCAGUGAGGUUUAUCCUGCUGGAUCUACCACUAGCUGACGCCUACUCCCAGGACUCUCUGGGCAAGCAUGGCUUCUCGAUAGAGGUGGGACCUCAACCCCAUGGUGUGGUCAGAGCCGACAUCUUCAACAUCAUGAAGGAGGCAGUCGACCAGACACUAGAUUGGGUCCAGUGCUUCAACUCAGGAAGUGCCUUUGAAGGUGGCGAGGUGGACGAUGUGUACACCUUCGUGAAGAGUAUAGACUACCCAAGAGACCCAGAGACCAAUCAAAUCACUGCUGCCAUACAUCCCCAACUACAGGACCGUGACUUCUGCCUCCUCCAUCCGGGAGAUCCCAUGUUCCUGAUGUUUUCCGGGGAGAUAGUGAAGUACGAAGGGGUAGAAGUCCUCCAUCCCUACUUUGUGAACGAGUGUGCGUACUAUGAGAAAAGCAUUGCAUUCCACCUGGCACGAAAGAUGACACUCACUAUCCCCCCCUUGCGAGUGAAGAGAGAUUGAUGGGGAGGAAAAGAGAGACCAUUUGAAGAGCGGGAGAAUUAAAGGAAAAACACGCACAGAGCCUUAUUAAGAAGCACUUACUAGUCUAACCUCAUUUUCAAUUGAUUUUUAAUUACAUUGUUUUUAGUCAUCACCAAAUAUCCUCAGGAAUACUGUAUGUGAAAGGAUGCACGGUUUAAUGCAAUAAUCUAGUAUUUCAAUUAAACAUGUACAUUUUCUGUUUAAU